ACCCCUCUUCUUCUUCCUUCUUCUCUUGCCAUAAAACCUUCCCACAUUUCUCUAUUGUGUGUAUUUGGCACAUAGUGCAUUGUUUGGCCCAUUAAUUAAUCAAGGAAGCUCUACCUUCUGGCUUCUUCUGCUGUGCCAACUGUGCAUCUGUGUGUUGUUUCUGUCACAAACUCGCACCAGCAGCAAAGCCAGAAUGGGAAACCUCUUCUGGGCUGCCAUUGUUGCAGCACUUGUUUUUGGUUUCUGGGUUGAUGCCUCUUCAGCCUAUCAAUAUCACCACUUCAAUGAAACCGAGUUCUCUUUGUUGGAGGCUCAAGAACAAGCCUAUUCCUCCCUCCUUGGGAGGUCUCCUCUUAUGGUAGGACUCACACUCAUUCCAAGUGCUGCUGCCAAAGGUGCAGUUUGCUUGGAUGGAACAUUGCCUGGUUAUCAUUUACAUCGAGGAUAUGGAUCAGGAGCUAACAGCUGGAUUGUUAAUUUAGAGGGAGGUGGGUGGUGUAAUGACGUUAGAUCAUGUGUUUAUCGCAAGAAAACACGGCGUGGGUCAUCAAGAUUCAUGGAGAAACAGAUACCAUUUACAGGAAUAUUAAGCAAUAGUGCUGAAGAUAAUCCAGAUUUUUUCAACUGGAACAGAGUGAAAAUUCGUUAUUGUGAUGGUGCAUCGUUUGCCGGGGAUAGUGAAAAUAAGGCUGCUCAACUGCAAUUUAGAGGACAACGUAUAUGGUCGGCUGCAAUUGAAGAUUUGAUGUCAAAGGGAAUGAGAUUUGCCAAGCAGGCUCUGCUUUCUGGAUGCUCCGCUGGUGGUCUGGCUACUAUUAUACACUGUGAUGAAUUUCGAGGGUUUUUCCCACACACUACCAAAGUGAAGUGUCUCAGUGAUGCAGGGUUAUUUCUUGAUGCGAUUGACGUGUCUAGGGGACAUACCAUCAGGAAUUUUUUCAGUGGUGUCGUAGGGCUGCAGGGAGUGCAGAAGAAUCUGCCGCCCAGUUGCACUAAUCACCUCGAUCCCACUUCGUGCUUCUUCCCUCAGAACUUGAUUGCCAGUAUUAGAACCCCGCUAUUCAUUCUUAACACUGCUUAUGACUCAUGGCAGAUCCAAUCAAGCAUAGCCCCUUCAUCAGCUGAUCCCCGUGGCUAUUGGCAUGAUUGUAGAUUAAACCAUGCUAAAUGUACUGCUUCACAAAUCCAAUAUUUGCAAGGAUUCAGGAAUCAAAUGCUGAAUGGUAUUAAAAGCUUCUCAAGAUCAUAUCAGAAUGGAUUAUUCAUAAAUUCAUGUUUUGCUCACUGCCAAUCUGAGAGGCAGGAUACAUGGUUUGCAGACAAUUCUCCUGUCAUUGGGAACAAGGCAAUUGCUCUGGCUGUUGGAGACUGGUAUUUCGACCGAGCAGUUGUUAAGGACAUUGAUUGUCCUUACCCUUGUGAUAAUACGUGCCACCAUCUUGUCUUCAGAUGAGCCAAAUUUCAUCAAUGGUCAUGAUUUCGUUAGUCUCUUUCCUUUGGACCUUAAUACACUCGAUUAGGAAUAUGCUAUUCAAUUAUGAGGAAUGCAAGUAAGAGUAUCUCUCGUUUAUUUAUCAUCAAGGCCAAUAAAAGAAAAUGGUUGUUUGAAGUGCAAAUUUAAUAAGCCUUUUCCAGUAUUUAGAAAUUGGUGGAAGUAGUUUUGGUGUAUAGAUUAAUUAGUUGAGAAAGCUGAGGCAAAGAUUGGCAGAAGUAAGGAACUAUUAGACUAUAUAUAUGCACUGUAAUACAGUAAGCGAGUAAGCAUUGGCAGAAUCUCAAUCUCAUAUUUUCCUUUCAGUUUGAAUGAAAAGUUCGUCAUUAUUUCCCUUUUA